GUGAGAUUCACAUGUAACCACAGGACUGAUUUGUUUUUUACUUUGCUGCCAUGACAGAGUGCUGCAGGUGAAGUGAGGAUCCAGACAUCCAGUGAUGGGAACAAACAGUGAGAGCACCCCCACCAUGGACACUGAAGAUGACGCCCCAGCUCCUGCCCAGUUUGGCGAUGACACUGCUGUGUGCAUUGUCUCUGUGAAAGGCUUAAAGGAGAACUGGCAGAAGUGGUCUGACGAGCACCAGGAGUACCAGAAGCACAACCCCUUCAGUCACGAUGCCAAGCCCAGCACGGUAGUCCCUCAGAGGGGGCAGGAUGACUACGGGAGGCCCCUGCAGGGCUCCAUGACGGAGCAGCGGGGGAAGGAUGCUCACACACGUAUCAGCAGAGAAAUUGAGGAGCUGUGUGAGGUUAUAAGGAACAUUGGCAAGCCAAGUGACUUUGACGGGGAAGGAACCAGCUGCGACGGUAAAUCGGUGUGUGUAGAAUUUGGGAAACUGUUUGAGCAUUAUGUGACUAUCUCAAACAAACUGGUGGGGAUUCUUCUGCGAGCGAGGAAGCAGAGGCUGGUUAUCUUUGAGGGGGAGAUGCUGUGGCAAGGGAAGGAUGACCAUGUCGUUAUCACUCUGUUACAGUGAACUAUAUUUGUGUUGAUGCCCUUAUUCAUGCUGCAUCUCCAGUGGUUGUUACAGAGCUACUUCAUGGCAGCACUCAUGGCAGUUAACACAUAUCAUGCACUAAUUCUACUCCGGUCAUGUAAUGGCACUUUGAUAAAAAAAAAAAAAACUAACUU